CUGAAUUUUGUCGUGAUAAAUAAUUGAUCCAGCGUACACGUGCUGAUCGAUCGAUAUGCUACGGAAUCAGACAAGCCUUGUACGAUACGGAGGGACUAGAGAUUAUACAAUCACAAAAAUAAGUAUUUAAGUCAAAUAUUUGUACAUCAUUUUUAUCGUUAUAAACUAAAGUAUGAUAGUCAUCGUUAGCUAAAGUUUUAAGAAUUAGACCAAAUCCAGAGCUAAACGUUUAUGUCUGAGUAGCCAUCCGUAUUUUCAACACAAAACAAACAUAUUAUCAAAGUAUAAUCAUUAUUAGAUUUAAUAAAACUAAUUUGAUAUUUUAUAUGUUGUUAAAUUUUCUGUAAACUUAAUUAAACUUAACAAAGUUUGAUUAGGAAAAAAUCAAACAACUUAUAAUAUGAAUCUGAGUGAAUAUUUAACUGGCCAUGCUGAUCGAUCGAUAUUGUCCGGAAUGCCAUGGAAACCCAUCCAUCAACUACAGGCCUAGAGGCUAGAGCCACAAGGCAGGGAAGCUAAACCAUCUUUAACAACAACUGACGAAGCGGAGCUGAUAAUUAACUUGCGGAACGCAAGGGACGACACGACGCCAUCGCCAUGGCCAUCGAUGCAACACAAUGGCUCCUGCUCCUCGUCGUCUUCCUCGUCGCGUUCCUCUUCACCCUCCUCGCGAAGCAUGGCGCCGUUAAGCGGAAGCACGGCGUCCGCGUCCCGCCUGGCCCGCUCGCCGUGCCCGUGCUCGGAAGCCUCGUGUGGCUGACGCACUCCUCCUCGGCGAACCUGGAGCCGCUCCUGCGGCGACUGAUCGCGCGGCACGGCCCCGUCGUGUCGUUGCGCGUGGGCUCCCGCCUCUCCAUCUUCGUGGCCGACCGCCGCGUCGCGCACGCCGCCCUGGUGGGGCGCGGCGCCGCGCUCGCCGACCGCCCCCCGGACGUCACGCACUCGCUGCUCGGCGAGAGCAGGAACACCAUCACGCGCUCCGGCUACGGCCCAGUGUGGCGCCUCCUCCGCCGCAACCUCGUCGUCGAGACGACGCACCCGUCGCGCGUCCGCCUCUUCGCGCCCGCGCGCUCCUGGGUUCGCCGCGUGCUCGUCGACAAGCUCGCGGACGCGGGCGCGCACCCUGCGUCUCCUCCUCGCGUGCUGGAGGUGUUCAGGUACGCCAUGUUCAGCCUCCUCGUGCUCAUGUGCUUCGGCGAGCGGCUCGACGAGGCCGCGGUGCGCGCCAUCGGCGCCGCGCAGCACGAUUUUCUCCUGUACCUCGGGAGGAAGACGAGCGUCUUCAUGUUCUACCCGGCGAUCACCAAGCACCUCUUCCGCGGGCGCGUCCAUCUGGGCCUCGCCGUGCGGCGGCGGCAGAAGGAGCUCUUCAUGCCACUCAUCGACGCCCGGCGAGAGCGCAAGAAACAAAUUCAACAGUCCGGUGAUUCAGCGGCAUCAGAGAAGAAGAAGGACGACAACACAACAUUCAACCACUCGUACGUUGACACACUGCUGACCAUAAGACUACAAGACGUCGACGGCGACGGCGACCGCGCGCUCACCGACGACGAGAUGGUCAGCCUCUGCUCCGAGUUCCUCAGCGCCGGCACCGACACGACGGCCACCGCGCUGCAGUGGAUCAUGGCCGAGCUGGUCAAGAACCCAUCCAUCCAAUCAAAGCUCUACGAGGAGAUCAAGGCCACGAUGAGCGGCGACAACGACGACGAGAUCAACGAGGACGACGCCCGCAACAACCUCCCAUACCUGAAGGCCGUCAUCCUCGAGGGUCUCAGGAAGCACCCGCCUAUGCACUUGCUGCUCCCGCACAAGGCGGCCGAGGACGUCGAGGUCGGCGGGUACCUCAUCCCCAAGGGCGCCACGGUGAACUUCAUGGUGGCCGAGAUAGGCAGGGACGAGAAGGAGUGGGAGAAGCCGACGGAGUUCAUCCCGGAGCGGUUCAUGGCCGGCGGCGGCGACGGGGAGGGCGUCGACGUGACCGGCAGCAGAGAGAUCAGGAUGAUGCCGUUCGGCGCCGGGAGGAGGAUCUGCGCCGCGCUCAGCGUCGCCAUGCUGCACCUGGAGUACUUCGUGGCGAACAUGGUGAAGGAGUUCGAGUGGAAGGAGGUCGCCGGCGACGAGGUGGACUUCGCCGAGAGGCUCGAGUUCACCACCGUCAUGGCAAAGUCGCUCCGCGUCCGGCUAAUUAAACGAGCCUAACGAUUUUUACCGCUUUCUUAGGAGUUUGUAUUUAGUAGUUAAAAAACUAGUGGGCCUAAAUUCUUUUGGGCCAUUUUUGUUUUACUGUCUUAUAUGCCUGCCAAAUGAGCUAAUUCUGAACUAAAUAUAAAAUUUAUUUUUUUC